AUGGAUAUACUAAAGAACUUGGGAAAAGUUCUCGCACCAGUAUCCAAGACGGUAUCUUCUUCUCCACCGACUGAGCCAGAACCGCAGUCAGAGCCACCGGUGGACGAGAUCGCCGAGCUAGACAAGGAGCCUCCUAUCCCACCCCCUCGGCUUUCAUUACCACUCAACGAAAUGGCCGUGGAUCAGGAUGAUAACAGCCCUCCGAUGCCUCCGCCUAGGUUAUCAGUUCUCCCUGACGAUGAAGAUGUUACUAGGGGAUCGAUUGAGUUGCCUAGAAGAGAGCGGUCAGGUCGCGAUUUGGCUAGGUUAUCGAGAGUAAGCUUCGCCAGUAACCGGUUCAGUGACCAUUACGGAGACACAACAAACAUUGAAGACCCUGAGGAUGGGUUGGAUUUUCGUGUUGGCCAGGAAGACGACUUCGACGAGGAUCUUGAUAAUACGACUGGACAGCCAAUGCUAGAUGCUGGGGGAGAAACUGAGGAUCUGGGUCGUUUUAAUUUCGAUUUUGCUUUCCCAACUCCAGAAGCGCCUCAUGCUAUGCCAAUUGAGAAUGAAAAUGAACAGGACACAUUCGAGUUAGAAAGUGUGCCGCCAGAAUUCGGGGGUCCAAAUAGUCCGUCAUCAGGAAGUGAUUUCGGGACGGGUGGGUUUGAACCGGCCAUGGAUGACGUACCAUCUAACAAAGGGACACCAGAACCCAUAGAACAAGAGGCGGAAGAGGUGGAAAUGGAACAGGAAGACCAGCCUGAACCACCACAGAAGAAGCAAAAGGUCUCUAAACAUGGUAUCCCGGUCCCAAGCCUGCCAGCAGGAGUGGUAAAGAAGCUGGCAAUGCGAUUUGCUAGGUCCGGGAAUAAGAAAACGAGAAUCACCAAGGACACCAUGGCUGCCAUCCAGCAGGCCACAGACUGGUUCUUUGAGCAAGCGAGCGGGGAUUUGUCCACGUACUCCAAACACUCCGGGCGUAAAACAAUUGACGAGACGGAUGUCAUCGCUCUCAUGAGAAGGUAA